AAACCACGUCUGAUUAUCGCUGAGAAUUUUUGCUUCUCCAAUCUUAUCUACCUCAACUGCAACUCCAAACCCAAAAACUCCGGCGAUGAACCGGGCCCACCGAACCUGACCAACCAAACUCUCCGAACCUUUUUUUUCACAUAAAAAUGGCGGCGGCGGCGAGAAUAAACUUCUUCUUAAACCACACAAAUCCCCUCAACUACAAAGCCGCCGCCCAUCUCAGAACUGACCUCCGCUUCCAACGAAGACGACCCAAAACUACGUCGUUCUGCACCCGCGCCUCCGCUGCUCCCCUCCACGACGAAUCCUCCGCCGCCGGAGGUAGUGAUCCUUUUGUCCUCACCACUCCGCUCUAUUACGUGAACGCCCCUCCCCAUUUGGGCAGCGCUUACACCACCAUUGCCGCCGACGCCAUUGCUCGAUUUCAGCGGCUGUUGGGUAAGAAAGUCAUCUUCGUCACCGGAACUGACGAGCACGGUGAGAAGAUUGCGGCCGCCGCCGCUUCUAAUGCGUCCACUCCAGCUCAACACUGCGAUCUCAUUUCACAAUCUUACAUUUCGCUCUGGAAACAGUUGGAUAUAUCGUAUGACAGGUUCAUUCGGACUACUGACCCCAAGCAUGAGGCAAUUGUCAAGGAAUUUUACUCCAGAGUUCUUGCCAAUGGAGACAUUUACAGGGCUGACUACGAGGGACUUUAUUGUGUCAACUGUGAAGAGUAUAAGGAUGAGAAAGAACUACUUGAGAACAACUGUUGUCCUACGCACCUAAAGCCAUGUGUUGCACGAAAAGAAGACAAUUACUUCUUUGCAUUGUCCAAGUAUCAAAAAUCGUUGGAAGAAACUUUGGCAACAAAACCUAAUUUUGUACAGCCUUCAUUCCGUCUUAAUGAGGUUCAAGGUUGGGUUAAAAAUGGCCUAAGAGACUUUUCCAUUUCUCGAGCAUUAGUGGAUUGGGGCAUCCCUGUUCCUAAUGACAGCAAGCAAACAAUAUACGUUUGGUUUGAUGCUUUAUUGGGUUAUAUAUCAGCAUUAUCAGAGGAUACGGAGCAACCCGAUUUGGAAAGAGCCAUUUCAUCAGGGUGGCCUGCCUCGCUACACUUGAUUGGCAAGGAUAUUUUACGUUUCCAUGCAGUUUACUGGCCAGCUAUGCUAAUGUCUGCGGGACUAGGUCUUCCUAAGAUGGUGUUUGGCCAUGGAUUCUUGACAAAGGAUGGUAUGAAGAUGGGGAAGUCGCUUGGGAAUACGAUUGAACCAAAUGAUUUGGUUCAGAAAUUUGGGUCUGAUGCGGUCAGGUACUUCUUCCUAAGAGAGGUGGAAUUUGGAAAUGAUGGGGACUAUUCAGAAGAACGUUUCAUCAAUAUUGUCAAUGCUCACCUUGCAAAUUCAAUUGGAAACCUGCUUAACCGUACUCUGGGACUUAUUAAGAAAAACUGCCAAUCAACUUUGCCUGUUGAUUCAAGUAUUGCAGUUGAAGGAACUACGUUCAAGGACACAGUGGAGAAAUUGGUUGAAAAAGCUCGGGUUCACUAUGGAGACCUCUCGCUGUCAUCAGCUUGUGAGGCUGUGCUAGAGAUCAGCCAUACUGGAAAUUUAUACAUGGAUGAGCGUGCACCAUGGUCACUCUUUAAGCAAGGGGGUGCUGCUUCCGAAGCUGCCGCAAAGGACCUUGUGAUAAUACUAGAAGCAAUGAGGAUUAUAGCAAUUGCAUUAUCACCCGUCGUGCCUAGCUUAAGCUGGAGAAUAUAUGGACAGCUUGGCUACUCAAAGGAUCAGUUUGAUGCUGCUACCUGGAGCGACACCAAGUGGGGCGGGCUAAAGAGUGGUCAGGUCAUGGAGCAGCCUAAACCGGUCUUUGCAAGGAUUGAAAACCCAACAGAAGAAGAAAACGGGAAGGAAGCACCUAAAAAAGUGGUGAAAAGGGAGAAGCUACCCCAAGCCAAACGGGCGGUUGAAGCUUAAAGAUUCAUACCUGAAAUGCUUUCAUUUUUUCGCCUUCAAAUCGUAUAGGGAUCACGUAUUGCUUUACAACUUUUUUUUUGCCAAGGAUUACAAUUACAAACUUUUUGUGUAAGAUCAGAUCAUUAUUCAAAUAUAUAGUUUCAUAGAUCUUUUUAUCA